AAAAUGAAGCACAGCCGCAUCACGGAGCUUCCGGAGGACUUCUGGAUCCCCAUCCCUCUGGAUACAAACAACAUCACAACUCUCAGCCCUUUUCUGGUUCCCCAGGACCAUCUAGCAGGCUCAGGCAUCUUCUAUGCAAUGGCUGCAUACAUGUUAUUUAUAUUUGUUGUGGGCACCUUCAUCAACAUGCUUACAGUUGUGUGCACCAUCCAACACAAGAAGCUCCGGUCCCACCUCAACUACAUCCUGGUGAACUUGGCCGUGUCGAACCUUCUUGUGUCUGUUGUGGGCUCCUUCACCGCCAUGUGCUCCUUUUCAAACAGAUAUUUUAUCUUGGGACCACUAGCAUGCAAGAUCGAAGGUUUUAUGGUGACGCUUGGCGGUAUGGUAAGCCUGUGGUCUCUUGCUGUUAUAGCUUUUGAAAGAUGGUUGGUCAUCUGCAAGCCACUUGGAAACUUUAUUUUCAAACCUGACCAUGCUUUAGCUUGCUGUGCAUUCACCUGGGUGAUUGCACUGAUCGCCUCAGCUCCUCCACUGUUCGGAUGGAGCAGGUAUAUCCCAGAAGGCCUGCAGUGCUCCUGUGGUCCAGACUGGUACACCACCAACAACAAAUACAACAAUGAAUCCUACGUGAUGUUUCUCUUCUGCUUCUGCUUUGCUGUUCCCUUCGCCACCAUUGUCUUCUGCUACGGUCAGCUGCUCAUUACACUGAAAAUGGCAGCGAAGGCCCAAGCAGAGUCGGCCUCCACCCAGAAGGCAGAGCGGGAGGUGACCAGGAUGGUGGUGGUCAUGGUGGUGGGUUUCCUGGUUUGCUGGAUGCCCUACACCUCCUUCGCUCUUUGGGUCGUCAACAACCGUGGACAGCAGUUUGAUCUAAGAUUUGCCUCUAUACCGUCAGUCUUUUCCAAGUCUUCUGCAAUCUACAACCCUGUGAUCUACGUUCUCCUUAAUAAACAGUUCCGUUCGUGCAUGCUGAAGAUGCUGGGGAUGGGAGGAGGGGAUGAUGAAGACUCGUCGACAUCAUCAUCAUCAGUGACUGAAGUCUCCAAAGUUGGGCCUGCUUAGACUGAACAUCAAGACUGUUGACCUCUCUGCCACUAACGCUUGUGAAUUGUAAAUAACAGUACGUGUACGUGUGUUUUGUCAUAUGAAAAAAUAUAUGCAAUGUUGCUACUUAAA